AUGGAGCCCCUGCGGAGGGCCCAUGAGGCCGUGCUCUGGCUGCUGCUGUGCCGGCCCUGGGCCUUGGGCGCCGCCUCCCGCCCGAAGCCCCGCGCCUCGGAGGUGCUGACGCGCCACCUGGUGCAGCGGCGCUUGCCGCACUGGACCUCCUUCUGCGUGCCCUACAGCGCCGUCCGCAACGACCAGUUCGGCCUCUCGCACUUCAACUGGCCCGUGCAGGGCGCCAACUACCACGUCCUGCGCACCGGCUGCUUCCCCUUCAUCAAGUACCACUGCUCCAAGGCCCCCUGGCACGACCUGGCCCGGCAGGACCGGUUCUUCACGGCGCUCAAGGUUAUCAACCUCGGUAUUCCAACUUUAUUAUAUGGACUUGGCUCCUGGUUAUUUGCUAGAGUCACAGAGACUGUGCACACCAGUUAUGGACCAAUAACAGUUUAUUUUCUAAAUAAAGAAGAUGAAGGUGCCAUGUACUGAAAGUGUGCACUGGAGGAUGAAAAUAUCAGUAGAUUUUCUCAUGUGUAUGUGCAAUAUUUAUUUUUGAUCCUUUAAAAUAAAACUUUGCAAACACCUUUUUCUUUCUAUGGUGUCUGGUUCUUUAAGAUGAAUCAUUGCCCUCAAAAGGCAAAGCUUUUCGUAUUAAUACAUUGUUGUAUAUUGCAUACUCUGUUUAGCCAAUGGGAACUACAAACACGUAACGCUUAUAUGAAUUUUUUCCUAUAACUAGGUUAAACUAGAGAUAAAAAAUGAUUGUAACUUAUAGAUUCUGUAGUUAUGUAUUAACAAUUUAAAUCAACUCUUUGAAAAUAUAGAUACCCCACAAGGAAGGGGAAAAAAUCUUUAACAUUGGGAAAAAAAGUAGAGAAUUUUAGGAUAUAUGAUAGAGAUAAUAUAAUAUCAUUGGCAAAUCCAAAGUUGAUGAGAAUUCUAACUGCAAUCUGAAAUUUAAACCAUUCAACUGUCAGGAUUUUAAAUGGAAAUGUAUUACAGCCCUUGUGCCAUUUACCUGUAUGAGAGGUGUGGGUGUAAUGUUGAAACUUCUUAUUACCUAAAGAAUCCAAUACCGUACUACUUUUUAAAAAAUGUAAUAACAACUCUAGGUAAUGUAAAUGCAGCAAGAAGAAUGAAAUUAAGACUUAUUAAAAGUUAAAAUAUCAUGGCAAUAAAGCUGUAAGAACAAUUAAAAUCUAGAAAGACCCAGAAAAAAAAUUUGGUAA